GAAAACAGAACCGUUAAGAAUCACUUCCGGGGUGCCUAAGGGGGAGGGAAGGAGACUGCCUCAGAGUCCUUCCGGGGGUACAGGCCUAUGAUUGGUUGGCAGCGGACGGGAUUUCCGGAAGGAUCCGAGCUGCAGGGUGGCGACGGUCACUGAAGAGCACAAAAAUGGCAGGUCGCCGAGCUGCUGUGAAAGCGAUUGACUGGAUGGCAUUUGCAGAGAGAGUGCCUCCCAAUCAGAGAGCUAUGUUUAAUGCCCUGAAAACACGUAGUGAUACCCUUUCAGCCAAGCUGACCUCCUUGCCAGAGAAGCCUCCAGCUAUUGAUUGGGCUUAUUACAAGACUGCAGUUGCUAAGGCUGGCAUGGUGGAUGAGUUUGAAAAGAAGUACAACGCACUAAAGGUUCCUGAGCCUGUGGACACACACACAGACAAGAUAAAUGCCCAGGAACAGGAAGCUGCUAAGGGUGCUGCUGAAUAUGUGCAGGCCUCUAAAGCCCGUAUUGUCCAGUAUAUGAAAGAGCUUGAGAAGCUCAAAAACAUGGUUCCAUUUGAUCAGAUGACAUUUGAGGAUUUGGGUGAAGUCUUCCCUGAAACCAAACUAGACAAAGAGAAGUAUCCAUAUUGGCCACACAAACCUAUUGAGGACCUGUGAAUCUGAAAGCCAUUUCUGGUGACUGUCAAUUUCUGUAGACUCUUUUAAAUAAAGUAAAUGUACAGGGCA